GAAAACAUCAUCCCCUUGUACGAUUUUUUUCUUUUGCCUGCAUCCAAGGAACUCUACUUUGUCUUCGAGUCAAUGGAGGGCAACUUGUACCAUCUUAUCAAGGCGCGAAAGGGACGUGCGCUUGCUGGUGGAUUGGUCUCCUCAAUAUUUCGCCAGAUUGUUUCCGGCUUGGACCACAUUCACAGCCAUGGAUACUUUCACAGAGAUAUGAAGCCAGAAAAUGUUUUGGAAAAAGACGUUGUUGCCAUCAUCAAGUUGGCAGAUUUUGGCCUUGCCCGAGAAACCAAGAGCAAACCACCCUAUACCGAGUACGUUGCGACGCGUUGGUACCGUGCCCCGGAAGUUAUUCUGCUCAGUCGUAAUUAUUCAAAUCCCGUUGACAUGUGGGCCCUGGGGACGAUCAUGGCCGAGCUCGUCAACCUACGACCACUUUUUCCUGGAUCGGAUCAGGUGGAUCAAGUCGGACGAAUAUGCGAAAUUCUUGGAGAUCCUACCGAUGAAUACGGUUUCGAUUCUCAAGGAAGCUAUUUUGGCGGGGGUCCAUGGCCGAAGGGCUUGAAGCUAGCGAAAGCGGUUGGUUUUCAGUUUCCAAAGGUGAGUCUAAAUUCUCUUGCGAUUACCCAUCCAUAG